GACGACGUCCGUUCGAAGAAAGAAAAAAUAAAAGUACACCACUGAACUUUUAAAUAUGCUUGUGUGUAUACAACUUUGGAGCGAAGGCUUAUAUAUUAUAGACUAUAGCUGCUACAUUCAAGGUCACAUACACAUAACGACACAAACCUAUAUGCUAUAGACAAUUCCAACAUCACAGUAACUAUGAAAGCCUGUCUCUGUGCGCUACUGGGCCUGACAGCACUCUCGUCACAUGUAGUGACAGGCAUCGAGCAUGACACCUUAGGUAAACGGGGUGACCGUUCUAUCCGAGAUAGACGAGGUCUAGACGAGGAUGGUUACGAUUUGAAUGGGUUUGAUGGUGAUGGUGUGGACCAGUGGGGUCGUCAUUUGAGUGAAAGGGAUGCGGGAGACGAAACAAACACUCAGAAACUUGAGACGUACAAUGAAGAACACGGGGAGAGCUGGUGGGACCACCGCAGAGAUUUGGUGCAAAACAAACCUUUAAACGCAGAUUUUGAUGGUGCAGUUCCACAGAACGAGAAGAAUAGCAUUCCAGAAAAAAAACAUCCGAUGCCGCACGCACGUCACAUUGUCGACGAAUGGUGGGACAAGGUGUCCCCAACUGCAGCUGCAACUGAAACAGAGACUCAGUUUGAGUUUAUUCAUCUCACAGUAACCUCAAUCGUCGAGCCUACUGAGGGCUUCUGGUGCGAUGGAGGAUAUGUGACGAUUGUCAAACAGGGCAGUCUGGUGGACGACGAGUUGGCCAUUGCAUAUAUACUGGGGUACCUCGAAAUCAUCGGAGUAGAUUCCGAAGGUGUGGAGAGCUAUGAUUGGUGUUAUAACACCAAAGCUGACAUACCAUCAGCUUGCUGGCGCAUAACCGGUGGUACUAGUCAGGACGCUACGGACGACGAUACGACUGUAAUUACACUCAAGGUGUGCGAUCUACCAUGUCUCGAGCAUGUUUGUGCCGGGACUGCCACCAGGUACGAGCGCUUGGACGGUUACCGUUUGCAUACGGUAUCCACGUACACCAAUCACAAGCGGAACAAUUUCCCAGCCCCUUGCACAUUUGGCGAUGGCAAGGCCUACCCUAUCGUGAAACCGGGGGAGAGACAAGUGAUAAACUUCUGUCCGACAGGGCAAAGAGUGGCCGAUAUAUUCACAGCAAACAAGUGCGAGGCAUGUCCCGAUGUACCCUUCUGUCUGUCUCCCUCGUGUACGCCUUCGUUCAGUAGUACCUCGGGCACGAUUGCGAACGACGGUAAAUGCGCGGAGAGUGAACUGGGAUACUUUGUCGACCAUCAAACCGAGGUGCCUGUGAGAUGCUCGCUUACCGACAACUGUAAGGCUGGGUUUGAAGUGUGCUGCAUACAAGGACUUUCGAAAUGUGCAUAUGGUGGCUGCGAGAAUGGUUUUGAGAACUCUGGUAUGCCAGGAGGAGGCGGGAAAUGCUACUGAGUUAUACUUUGCUUGGGACGGGAGUAAUAAUUACAUAAUUCUGAGAAAAGAACAGCGUGUGUAAAUUCAAUCGGUCUGCGGAUACAGAAACGAACAGGGAUAGUAAAAUGAAAGGAGAAUGAUAAGGAAUUUGUUUGUAUAUAUGUAUAUUAUAGUAGUGAUAUUGAAAUCCUGCCUGGGAAACUUGAUGACACGCUCAGGACUGCGCUGCAUGUAAAAUAUAUUAAAGUUGUGUUCUCCGCCU